AAAAACAAUUAGUGUCGACCUAGGGAGUCAGGGACUUCCUCUCUCUCUCUCUCCCUCUCUCGCUGGCUCGCGCUUCGCAAGAGACUUUCGAUCCACUCAUUCCUCUUGAAAGGGACAAGGCUUGGAUUUAUUUUUCAAGAAUUUUCCAGGGGAGAGGGAGAGAAAAGGAUGUCAAAUGGAAGAAACACCCAUUGGUGCUACCGUUGCAAUCGACCAGUUCGACUGCGAGGACGUGAUGCAGUUUGCCCUGGCUGUAAUGGAGGAUUUAUUCAAGAACUUGAUGAUAUGGUGCACAUCAGCCCAUUUGAUUUCUUUGGACUGGACGUUGAUGAAAAUCACGACAGGAGGUCAGGAUUUAUGGAAGCUUUCUCAGCCUUUAUGAGGCAUCGAUUGGCAGACAGAAGCCAUAGCCAUGACAUCAGAGCUAGAUCAGAUUCAGUUCCGGAACAUGCUCCUGGUUUUGGUCCUCUGCUGAUCUUUGGAGGCCAAAUUCCUUUUAGGUUGUCUGGAAAUGGUGGGAUUGAAGCUAUUUUGAAUGGGACCCCUGGGAUUGGUCUUACACGGGGUAAUGCUGGUGAUUAUUUUAUAGGUCCAGGACUGGAAGAGCUGUUUGAACAACAUUCAGCUAACGAUCGGCGAGGCCCUCCCCCGGCAUCUAGAUCCUCAAUUGAUGCGAUGCCAACCAUUAAGAUUGCUCAGAGGCAUCUUCGUUCUGAUUCACACUGUCCUGUGUGCAAAGAUAAAUUUGAGCUGGGGUCUGAAGCAAGGCAAAUGCCAUGUUAUCAUAUGUAUCACUCAGACUGCAUUAUCCCAUGGCUAGUCCAGCACAACUCAUGCCCUGUGUGCCGCCAAGAACUGCCACCACAAGGAAUAAAUAUUGGCCGCAGCUCAAGUAGUCGAAGUAGAAGUAGCAGUUAUGGUAGUAAUGCCAAUGGAAGGGAGAAUAGUGGCAGGGAUAAUCCAGGAAGACGGAAUCCAUUCUCUUAUCUGUGGCCAUUCCGUUCGUCUCAUUCUAGCUCUAACCAUAAUAAUGGAACUGCUGGAAGCAGCUCUCCAACCAUUCAUGAGAACAACCAGAAUACGGGUUAUUCAGGAUGGCCUUUUGACUAAAGUUCAGAACGUGGUUUUGUAUUUAUUGCCAUUUUCAUAAAGAUUAGUGGACUGGAGUGUGUUGCUUGAUAGUGAAUGGUGGUCUUUUCUGUUUCGUUCUUUGCUGCCUUUUAUGUAAAUGACUCUACUUUUGGGUGAAUUACCUAUGCUGCUUCUAUGUCUAUGCCUUUUAAUUGUUCA